AUGGGCGUGAGAUCCGAACCGGUUAAAAAGUGUGCGUUGUUGCAUUUAGUGAACGUGCGGGCGCAGGUGGACCCGCCGAUGUCGAAACAUAACUUUGGGAACGUGAUAUGGCAAUCGAGGGCGAACCCGGGGGCCGGGGACGACGGCGCUGAGGUUGUUCGGAAAAUGAGGGAUGCGGUGAACGCGGUCGACGGAGGGUAUGUGGCUGGGUUGAAGGGUGGUGAUAAUUUUAUGGAGGAGAAUGCCGGUCUGGUUUGUGAUGAGGGGGUGGUUUGUUUGGGUUUCACGAGCUUGGUUGGGUUUCCCUUUCAUGAGGUGGAUUUCGAGUUUGGAAAGCCGGUUUGGGUCGGGCUGGGCUGGUUUCCGUUGAUGAAUACGGUUUAUUUUCGGGAUGCCAACUUUGGUGGAAUAGAGGUAUUGAUUGUAUUGAGUAAACAUGAUAUGGAGAAAUUUCAAGAGUCAUUUUUUAUGAGUAAGUUGUAA